AUGAUGGAAUCUGGUCUGUCAUCAUCCACAAACCCUGUACUUCACCUCAACACCAGCAGCUACGUCAAUAACAGCAAUAACUGGAGUGGCCUCGUUGACAGUGACUCACUGAGGAUCAAUCGCACUCUGAGCAGCCACGGCCGCUUACACAACGCCCUGCUGGGGGUCUUCCUGGGACUCAUCUCUCUCCUUACCAUAUUCAUGAACCUGCUUGUGCUCUACGCCGUGAAGCGAGAGAAGAGCCUGCACACAGUCGGGAACCUCUACAUUGUCAGCUUGUCGGUGGCGGAUCUGAUUGUGGGCACCACAGUCAUGCCUCUGAACUUGGUGUAUUUACUGGAGGAUGAAUGGAGGCUGGGUCGGGCUGUCUGCCAAUUUUGGCUCAUUAUGGACUACGUGGCGAGCACAGCCUCGAUUUUCAGCUUGUUCAUCCUGUGUUUGGACCGGUACCGCUCAGUCAGACAGCCGCUUAAGUACCUCAAGUAUCGAACACGAGGAAAAGCCAGUGUGAUGAUUGCUGGGGCCUGGCUGCUGUCGAUUAUGUGGAUAAUUCCAAUUCUAGGAUGGAGGUCAUUCACACACGUAGACCUGAAACCUGAGGAGGAGAACAAGUGUGACACAGAUUUCCGCUUCGUCACGUGGUUUAAGGUCAUUACCGCCGUCUUCAACUUCUAUGUGCCCUCGAUUUUGAUGCUGUGGUUCUACACAAACAUCUACUUGGCCGUGAGGCAGCAUCUGAGGGACAGGGAGAGAAUCAUCCACCCAACUGACUCGUUUGAGAACGAGAAUGGACAAAAUGUCAUAACACCUGAGAGACAUUCCUCCAAAUCACCAGAGAGGGAGUGUAAAGCUCCGCUCAAACCCUCUAAAAAGCAACGCCUGCUGGACCACAACACUCUCGACCAGGCGUACUCACUCGAAGAGGCUGAUAAAAACAAAAUUGCUCCUUCUACAUCUCAUAGGAAAAUUGUUGUCAAAUGCCAGCAGACAUCGCUGCUUGCCAUGACAACAGAGCGACUCAGAAUGGCACGAAAGGCCAAAAGGUGCUCCCUGGCCCCUGAGGAGAAGCAGCCAGAUGCUGAUAUUCCUCCGAGGAACAACUCUGUGCCUCAGGACGUCAUUUUCUCCGAGGGAAAUUAUGAGCACAAACUUCAAGCAUCGUUAAACGAAUGUCACGUCACUGUACCAAACUCAGUUAGCGGCGUCUGCGAUAUCAAUCAGGUGUCAGAUGUGCAGAGAUACACGUCGGCGCUCUAUACCACCUACGACCCCAGUCAGGCUCUGCCGUGGACGGAUGAAGGGGUUGAAGAUGCUGAAUUGGACCCAGCGAACGCGCUGACUCUGAGACAGACAUGGCAAAAAUUUAUAGAACAAUCACGUCAGCGCAUCCAGAGUCUGAGGAUCCAUAAAGAGCACAAAGCAGCCAAACAGUUGGGUUUCAUAAUCGCUGCAUUCUUGUUGUGCUGGAUUCCGUACUUCAUAGCUUUCAUGGUCAUGGCCUUCUGCAAAGAGUGUGUGCACCAUGACCUGCACAUGUUCACGAUAUGGCUGGGUUACAUCAACUCCACUCUCAACCCUUUCAUAUACCCACUCUGCAAUGGGAACUUUAAAAGGGUCUUCAAAAGUAUUCUGAACAUUCCUUUGUGA